CUUUUCAGUUGUGAUGACCGAGCAGGCUUCGUGGUGUUAGUUAGGUGAUGCCCGCCCCCACGUGACAUGGUGACAUGAUGGCCCAGGGAGCGGGCCUGCGGGCGCUGCUGGCCCCGCCGCCUCCCGCACGCCACGCCCCGGACGGCCCACCUCUUAGCCGGCGGCCGCGGCCACUCCCGCGUCUCUUUCUUCUGGUGCUUCUGCUGGGGCUGCCGUGGCUGUGCUGGAGCGCCGCCGCGGCAGCCAGCCCGGAGUCUCUCAGGUUCCUGAGGGACUGGUACAAUGUUAGCAUCUACGAGAACUCGCUGCCCAGGACGCAUGUGUCCGGGAAGGAGCUCAUGGGCGUGUCCCUCGAGAACCUGCCGCCCACCACCCACGUCACGUACACUAUAGCUGACGGAGACACGCACGGCUUCUUCACGGCCGAGUCGGAGGUGGUUGGCGGCGUCGUGGUGCUGCACGUGAGGACAAAAACAGGGUUGCGGGACGUGCUGAACCGUGAGCGGCGGGAGCGGUACAACUUAGUGGUGGAGGCGCAGGCCCGCAGUGCCGUCCGCCGCGGUGUGCCCCUGAAGGCCAGCGCCAACGUGACGGUGCGGGUGCUAGAUACGAACGAUAACAUACCGUUGUUUUUUCCCACGUCGUACCAGGUGAGCGUGGGCGAGGACGCGUCGCUCCACACGCCGCUCCUCUCCGUGACGGCCCACGACGCCGACGACGGCAUCAACGGCCAGGUCUACUACCUGCUGCAGGACCACACGUCAAACCUGUUCGCCGUUCACCCGACCAAGGGCGUCUUGACCGUAACACGCCCACUCUCCCACACCUAUGGGCGGCCACACAGGAUAACAGUCCUCGCCCAGGACCGCGGGCCACAGCCGCCUAACACGCGGGCCUCCGCCGCGGCGCGAGCCACAGUGGAGAUCCAGGUGUACCAAGUCAACAUCCACGCGCCAAGAAUCUCGGUGCAGCACCUGCCCCACGUGGUCGAGCACGCCCACACCCACAUAUACGCCAUCAUCAAGGUGGACGACGAGGACGAGGGCGAGAGUGGCCGCGUGGACCAGGUGGUCAUCGUGGCCGGGGACCCCGACAGGCUCUUCAGCGUCACACAGGUCCACGACAAGGAGUACAAUCUUGCGGUGCUCAAGCUGCUGGACCGCGAGCUGGCGCCAGAAGGCUACAACCUAACCAUCCAGGCCGUCGACUGUGGAACUCCCUCGCGCAGGACGAGAGUCAACGUCCACGUCAACAUUGCCGACGUCAACGACCACGCGCCGGUGUUUGCGCGGGAGCAGUACGAGGAGGCGGUGAGCGAGGAGGCGCCGCCCCAAACGCCCGUGGUGCGGGUGGCCGCCUCGGACACGGACCAGGGUAUCAACGGCAGAGUGCUCUUCAGGAUCGUAGCAGGGAAUGAAGACGAAAAAUUCACUAUAAACCCUCGCACAGGCCUGAUAUCAACGGCUGACUGGCUGGACCAUGAGCUGACGGCCUACUACAGCCUGACGGUGGCGGCGGUGGACCAGGCCAGCAACGCCCGCAGGAAACAGUCCUCGGCCAAAGUUAUAAUUCGGAUUCUGGACGCCAACGACAACGCGCCUCAGUUCAGCACGCCCAACACGGAGGUGACGCUGGACGAGAAUGAGCCGACGGGGUCUUACGUCACACGCAUGGUAGCCACGGAUGCAGACUCUGGAGAGAACCGCUUCCUGUCCUACAGUAUUGCCAAUCUGGACCAAGUUCCCUUCGUGAUUGACCCUUUCGACGGGACAGUGCGCACCUCUGCAGUGCUGGACUUCGAGGCCCAGCGAAGAGUCUACACCAUCAAGGUUCGGGCGUCGGACUGGGGCACGCCUUUCAAGAGGGAGACGGAGACAACAGUGAAGGUAAAGGUUCGUGACGUGAAUGACAACCGGCCGCAGUUCGUCGGCGUGGACUGCCGAGGAUGGGUCUCCGUGGACGCUCCAGUCGGCACCAGUGUCCUUGCUCUCUCGGCUGUGGACCUCGACAACGGAAGCCUCAUCAGCUACCGGCUACACAAUGACAUGGACGAAGAGUGCUGGUCCGUCGAGAGCUCCUCGGGCGUGCUGGCUCUCACGUGUGACCUCAGGAAAGUUGUGAUGCCCGGUGACCCGCAUAAGACCUAUGUGCUCAAUGUGACGGCCACGGACGGGACCCACGUGUCUGACCCCACGAGUGUGACGGUCGCGGUGAUCACCAAACGCAAGGAUGGCCAGGCCGCCCUCAAGCAACACUCCCACGUCGAGUGUCACGAAACGGAUAUAGGAUCGAAGGCGGAAGAAGUGGAAGCGGCCGCGGCAGAGAACAACGCCGCCGAGGAGCAUUACGCCCUGUUGCCGCUGCGCUACGGCUUCAACUCCCACCCACCAGAACUCCCGGAAAAGUUUCCCAGCAUCGUCAAGGUCCGCGAGGAUGCGAGUAUCGGCACCGAGCUGCUGUCGGUGGCGGCGAAGGACCAUGACCGGGGCCACAACGGCCGUGUGGUCUACGCCGUCUCCAGCGGUGACACGGACUCGGUGUUUAAGAUAGGCUUUGAAACAGGGGUCUUGAAGGUGGUGGCCGAGCUUGAUCGCGAGAGGACGCCAGAGUAUUUCCUUAACAUUACUGUGUUUGACCUCGGCGUCCCGCACAGGAGUGUGUCAAGGAAUCUCACAGUCAAAGUGAUCGACGUGAAUGACAACGCCCCUGAGUUUAAUCGUGUGAGCUACAGCCUCCACCUCCCCGAGAACACGCGGAACGGAACCAGCGUGGCUCAGAUCACUGCCCAGGACGCGGACGAAGGUCUGAACGCCCAGAUAACGUACGAGUUGGUGUCGGAUGUGGACGAGUUCACGGUUGACAGAACGACUGGCAUUGUGUACAUGCUGGGCGGCCUGGACCGUGAGCGGCGGAGUGAGUAUGACCUGCGGGUGAGGGCGUGGGACGGCGCGCCCGAACACCCGCAGUCUGCGCUGUCCCGGCUCAUGGUGACGGUCCUGGACAUCAACGACUGUCCACCAGACUUCGGCGCCGCCCGCAGCCUCAGGGUUGACAUCCCGGAGGACCUGCCGCUGGGCGCGGUGGUGGCGUCCCUGCAGGCCACCGACCCGGACCUGGGCAUGGGCGGCCAGCUGACCUACAGCCUCGUCAGUGGCCACGAGCAUGUUUUCCGUAUCGACGAGAAAACCGGCGUCGUGCGCCUCGCCCAGCCGCUGGACUUUGAGGCGCGGCAGUCCUACAACGUGACGGUCCGCGCCCAGGACGGCGGCGCUCCCGCCCUGAGCGCUGACGCCAGCCUCUUCGUCCAGGUCCAUGACGUGGAUGAAAACUUGGGCCCUCCAAUGUUCCCCCAGCGCGUGCUGCGGGCCUGGAUCAAGGAGAACCUGCCCCCCGGCGCCGAGGUCAUCACGUUGGAGGCCCGGGACCCCGACACGGACCAGCUGCUGUACGCCAUCACCGGCGGGGACGGCCAGGGGUACUUCUCCGUCGACACGCAAGGCGUGGUGCGGACGGUGGUGGCGCUGGACAGGGAGGCAGCGCGCGGCUACUGGCUGUCCAUCGUGGUGUCCGACGGGGGAGCGGCGCCCCUCACCGACACCUGCCAUGUCUUUGUCGAGGUCGAGGACGUGAACGACCACAUCCCCCAGACGGAGGAGCCCGCCUACCACACCUACGUGGCCGAGAACCUGCCGCCGAAUACCUCCGUCAUAGCGCUGCGGGCCUCGGACGGUGACCUGGCGCCCUCCAACAUCUCCUUCGCCAUCACCAAAGGGAACCAGCUGGCGCGCUUCAAGAUACACCCGCAGACAGGCGCCCUCACAACCCUGGUGCCGCUGGACAGGGAGGAGCAGGCGGACUACGAGCUCUGGGUGCGGGUGAGCGACGGCCAGCUGUCCUCCAUCACCCCGGUCUUCAUCACCGUGAGCGACGUCAACGAUAACCCGCCCGAGUUCCUGGAGCCUCUUUACCGCGUCACCGUCCCCGCCCGCAGCAAGACGAAGAAACGGGAGGCGCUCUUUAGGCCCGAGCCAGAGGACGCGUGGGGGGACUGGGUCAGUUUCUCGCCCUCACAGAUCACCGCUCACGACGACGCCUUGUUCAGGGUGUUCGCCAGAGAUGCGGACGUGGGCAUGAACGGUGACCUGGACUACAGCAUCAGGACGGGCAAGGGCAAGAAGGGCCGCUUCAAGAUCCACCCGAAGACUGGCCAGGUGUACAGCAACAAGGCCUUUCCCCCGAGCAAGACCUUCGAUUUGAUGAUCCAGGUUAAGGACAACGGGGCGCCGCAGCUGACGGCCACCACUCGGGUCCUCGUUCGUGUGAUGGACGUGCCCGAAGCGUCUCCCAACCCGCCGGUGCUGCAGCCGCCGCCCCCCGCCCACGUGAUGGAGACGGACGGGCCGGGCCACCUGGUGUCCUUCAUCAACGCUCAGGACCCGGAUAACGACACUUUGUGGUACUACAUCACAGAGGGCGACGAGAGCGGCCGGUUCAGCAUGGGCGUGGACUCUGGUCUGGUGAGCCUGGCCCGCCGCCUGGACCACGAGGAGCAGCACCACUACGCCCUCACCGUCACGGCCACAGACGGCGUCCACACCGCCUCCACCAAGCUCGUGGUGGAGGUGAUGGACGCCAAUGAUCACCGGCCUGUGUUCAGCGCCAGGACCUACGAGGGUGCCGUGAGCGAGGACGUGGCGCCGGGGUCCACCGUGGUCACCCUGCAGUGCCGAGACAGGGACCAGUCACCCACGGCGUCCUCCUCCGUGUACUUCACGCUGCACCACGCCCAGGCCUUGGCGUCACAGGGCCUCUUCACCGUGGACUCCUUCACCGGGGACCUCAUCGUUGCCGAGCCCCUGGACAGGGAGGUGUCCAGCGUCCACGAACUGACCGUGAGCUGCAGGGACCGCGGCCGACAGGAGAACGCAGACUUCGCCCGCGUGUCCGUGACGGUGGAGGACGCCAACGACCACGAGCCCGUCUUUCUGGAGCCCAUGAUUGUCGCCAAGGUGAGCGUCGGGGCCUCGGCGGGCACAGCGGUGGUUCGGGUGAUGGCGCUGGACCACGACAAGGGCGACAACGGCAGGAUAUCAUACUCCAUCUUCGAGGGUAACGCUGGAGGAAUCUUCAGCAUUGACACUGCCCUCGGCGUGAUCAGCCUCACCCGAGCCCUGGCCGAGGCCCAGCCGCCGGAGUACCUGCUGCUGGUGCGGGCCACGGACCACGCCGCGCAGGCCCGCGCCGCCUCGGUGCCGGUGCGGGUCAUGGUGACCGCCUCGCAGAGCUCUCCGCCCUCCUGGCAGGGCAAUAAGCCGCGCGUGGAGGAGGUCGGGGAGUGGGUGGCGGUGGGCACGGCCCUGGCGCGCGUCACGGCGUCCUCACCCUCGACGCUCCACUACUCGCUGACGGCCGGGAAUGAGAACGGCGCCUUCGUCAUCAGCCCCGCCUCGGGGGUGGUCAGCGUGGCCACGCCCCUGGACUACGAGACCACAGCCUGGUACAACCUGACCAUCACGGCCACCAACCUGGCCGGGGUGUCCCGCAGCACGUGGCUGGGCGUGACGGUCCUCGACGAGAACGAUUGGUGGCCGGAGUGGGCGCGGCUGUCCUACCACGGCAGCGUCCUGCAGACCGCCGGCCGCGGCGCCCCCGUGCUGGCCGCCCACGCCCACGCCCAGGCCAGCCCCACCCAGCUCACGGUGACCGCCCGGGACCGUGACCAAGGCUACAACGGCAGAGUGACCUACACCAUCGUGGAGAAGGACGUCACGAAGCUGUUUUCAAUCAACCGCCACACAGGAGCUGUGUGGGUGUCUGGCAGCCUGGAGGCAGUGGCCGGCACCACGGUGAGGCUGAGUGUGUGGGCCACGGACGGGGGCAGCCCCCGGCGGGAGUGUGUGGCCCCCGCCCCGGUCUUCAUCUCGGUGAGGGAGGUGAAGGCUGCCCCCGUGGCCUUCCCCGAGACCCACUACUCGGCCGUCCUCUACCUGCCAACCUACCCCGGCGUGAGGGUGUUCUGCCUGGGCCAGGAGGAGCGACCACACCAGCACGUGGAAGUGAGCUCCAUCACACAGAUCUCAUACUCCAUCGCUGCCGGCGACGACAGAGAAAACUUUGUGUUUGACAACGUGAGCAAGUGUGUCAAGGUCCAGGACCAGUACAGCCUCAAGCCACACUACAACCUCACCCUCCAGGCCAGCGACGGGGCCGCCUCGUCCACGGCCACGGCGGAAAUUCUAAUUGAAGAAGCACCGCUGUCCACUCUGGUCUUCACUCAGGACCAGUACUGGGCCAAUGUCAUCGAGAACUCCACCAAGGAGAUGAACGUUGCUGCCCUGGGAGUGAAGGGUCAGCCGCUCAACCACCACGUCCGCUACUCAAUCCUCAACCCAAACAGUAAAUUUGAAAUCCACCCGACUGCCGGCGUCAUCAAGACCACCGGCAAGUCCUUUGACCGGGAGGCUGAGGACCACUACACGCUGGUGGUGGAGGCGCAGGACAUCGAGGGCACAGCAAACGUGGCCCAUGUGCUGGUCCAUGUGGCGGUGAUGGACGUGAAUGACAAUGAGCCGGUGUUCCUCAACCAGCCCUUCCACGCCCUGGUGUCCACUGUCUCCCCACGCGGCCACGUGGUCACUAAGGUUCAGGCAAUAGACGCUGACUCUGGGGAGUUUGGGAGUGUCCGCUACGAGCUGGUCCGUGGCAGCGGUGAGCUCUUCGCUGUGAAUAAAAAGACUGGUGAAAUCUCCCUGAAGCAGACGCUCCUGGCAGCUGACAAGACCUACAGCCUCACCGUUGCUGCCUACGACGGGGGGAAGCCUCCUCUCAGCUCACAGGCUCACGUCCUCAUAAGGGUGGCGUCCUCUGAAGGGCCAAUGUUCACUGCCGCACGGUACGAGGCAGCCGUGCCGGAGAACGCCGCCGAGGGCACACCUGUCGUGAGGGUGGAGGCCGCCAGCCCUUCCGGGGAGCCCAUCAUGUACACCAUCGUGGCCGGGAACACUGAGGAGCUGUUUGGCCUUGACUAUUCCACAGGUGGCAAUGCAGUGGAUCUUGAAUGCGUCGUCCAGACCACUGCCCUGCUGGACUACGAGGCCUCCACCAGCCACAACCUGACGGUGCGGGCGCGGGACCCCUUCACUGGCGGCCACACGGACACCCACGUCACCGUCGCGGUCACGGACGUCAAUGACAACCCUCCAGCGUUCAGCCGCUCCGUCUUCAAAGGGGACGUGUCAGAGGCUGCGGCGCCGGGCCACCUGGUGCUGCAGGUUUCGGCAAGUGACAUGGACACAGGCCCGGGCGGAUCAGUGCGCUACUCAUGCCUCAGGGAGUGCGACAGCUUUGAGGUGCGCGCCCUGGACGGUGCUGUCAUACUCACCAAGGAGCUGGACGCUGAAACUGAGGCUCAACACGUCCUGACUGUGCUGGCAACAGACUCAGGAAUACCCCAGCUCUCCUCCACCUCCACAGUGAUCAUUGACGUUGUGGACUUCAAUGACAACCCUCCAGCGUGGCGCCAGGACAGCUACUCCUGCCGUGUGUCGUCUGAGGCCCAGCCCGGCCACGUGGUCACCUCGGUAUCCGCCACAGACCCCGACGCUGGUCAGGUCACGCCGCUCAGCUAUGCCAUUCACUCUGGGGACCGAGGCGCCAUCUUCAAAAUGGAUCAGCUGACUGGCGUGUUAACGGUGACGGCCCCACACAAGCUCAAGAACGUGACCUCCCUCAACCUGAACCUCUCGGCGAGUGACGGGGUGCAUGUGGUCUUCACCGGCCUGCACGUCGCUGUGGUCGCCUCCAAUCACCACGCACCGAGGUUCAAUCGCACGCUCUACGAAGCUUACGUGGAGGAAAACUCAUCUCCCGGGCAGCUGGUCAUCAACCUUGUAGCCACGGACCUUGACGCCUGGGACCUGGGCAAGCUGCGAUACACCAUCCUGUACCAGACCUCAGAGGGAGCCUUCACCAUCGACAAGGAAGGCAAUCUGUACACUGAGACACCCCUGGAUCGCGAGUCUCUGCCGGUGCACAACCUCAAAGUGUCUGUGAUGGACGAGGGGGGCCGGGCCAGCUUCACGGCGGUGCGAGUGACGGUUCGCGACAAGAAUGACAACCCACCAGUCUUCACCCUGCCGGAGUACCAGGCGAACAUCAACACUGACGUGGCUCCCAGGACAACCAUUCUCAAGGUCGAGGCCAGUGACGUGGAUGAAGGAGUGAACAGUGAGGUCAGGUACCGCAUGUAUGAAGCCAACAGUUCCGAGGCCCUGGAGCUCUUCUCGGUCAACCCAACCACCGGCGAGGUCACCGUGGCCCAGACCAUCCAUAGCCGAGAGAAUGAAGUGUACCAGUUCUUCAUCCGUGGCGAGGACAGCGGCUCCCCACACCACCACGCCGAUGUGCCUGUAACCAUCUUCCUGCUGCCCCCGCACGAGGACCCCCCGCACUGCGCCAGGAAGUAUGCACAGUUCUUCAUCAGGGAGGACGCCCCCAUCGGCAGUGUUGUCACGUCCCUGUGGCUGGCGGGGCCGCAGGAGGUGCAGUACUUGAUCAUGGUGGACGAGGGCAUGAAGGCAGCCAGCGAGGAGAGGGAGUCUGGGGAGAGCUCAGGGCCGUUCACCGUGACCCCCGCUGGCCUGGUGGUGGUACACAGGGCCCUGGACCAUGAGCGGCGCCGCACUCACCGGAUCACAGUCACAAACCGCACAUUGGCCACUCCGCCCACGCUGGACUACAUGACCAUAUCUGUGGUGGUGAUGGAUGUGAAUGACUGCCCUCCGCGCUUCCCUGAGUCCAGCUACACAGCCCUGGUGGCCGAGAACAGCGAGGUUGGGGCCACCGUCACCAUCCUCACGGCCACUGAUGACGAUGAAGGGAACCAUGGUCAAAUCCAGUACAGCCUCGGCCCCGAUGACAGCGCUGUAGUGAAGUCAACAUUCCGCAUUGAUCCCCACACUGGGACGCUGACCCUGGCCGCCCCGCUGGACCGCGAGACCAUGGCCCAGUACUCCUUCACCGUCACGGCCACUGACGGGGGCCCCAAGCCUCUGUCCACCAGCACCAGAGUCACGGUGAUGGUCCAGGACUACAACGACAACCCUCCAGUGUUCACCAAAGACACUUACGUCACUGCUGUGCCUGAGGACACGGCCACUGGCACAGCGGUGGUGGAGCUCAGCGUGACGGACGCCGACCAGUCCGUGGCCGAACUGGACUUCUUCAUCACCGGCGGCGACCCUGACGGCCAGUUCCUGGUGCACGCCUCAGGGGAGGUGUACGUGGCCGCUGAGCUGGACCGGGAGAGGCAGGGCGAGUACACCCUCACCGUCACCGUCACCGAUGGGAAGUUCACGGCCAACACGACGGUUACCGUGACCGUCAUCGACAUCAACGACAACGGCCCGGUGUGCAAGGAGCCAAUCUACCGGCGGGAGAUCUCCGAGGACGCCACCCCAGGCACCCACGUGGCAUCCAUUGUGUCCUGGGAUGCUGAUGAAGGCACGGCUGCCCGGAGUCGCUACAUCCUCACCGGGGACAGCGCCAACCACUUCAGUAUUGACCAGCUGAGUGGCCACGUGUCCACGGCCACACAGCUGGACAGGGAGGCACGGGACCACUACCACCUCACAGUUGUGGUGGAGGACUGGGAGCACCAGGCCUGGCAGUGUGAGGUGGUGGUGGAGGUCCAGGUGACGGACACAAAUGACAACCCCCCGUCCUUCUCCCGGGCCGCCCACGCCGCCACCCUGCCGGAGGACGCGCCCAUCAACACCGUCGUCGUCAAGAUGUCUGCCACCGACCCUGACCUCGGCAUCAACCGACGUUUGCGGUACAACUUUGUGGACUCAGCGGAGGGCCACUUCACCAUUGACGAGGUGGAGGGUGUGGUCAGCCUGGCCCGGCCCCUGGACCGUGAGACAAGGGACUCCUACAGCCUGACGGUGCGUGCGGUGGACCAGGGAAGCCCACCGCUGUCAUCCACCACGCAGCUCACGGUCACGGUCUCAGAUGUGAAUGACAAUGCUCCGGAGUUUGUGAGGAAACUCCACGAAACUUCCGUGGUGGAGAACACGGCCGUGGGGACAGAAAUCCUGCGGGUCAUGGCCACCUCGAGGGACAUCGGCGUCAACGCAGAGAUCUCUUACUCCCUGCAGCACACCACCUUAGAGGAAUACCUGCACAUCCAUCCUAAGACUGGUGUGAUAAGCAUCGGCGCUGAGGUGGACUUUGAGCACGUACAGCAGGUGGUAGCGACGGUCGUGGCCACGGACGGAGGGGUGCCGCCACUGUCCGCCACGGCCUUGGUCAAUUUAACGAUCGCCGAUGUUAACGACAACUCCCCGGUCUUCACACUCCCGUCCUACACCGCCACGGUCAGGGAGGACGCACUGCAGGGGGCCAGUGUGGUGCAGGUCUCGGCCAGCGACAUCGACUACGGGGUAAACAGCCUUGUCCGCUACAGCAUCAGGGCGGGAAAUGACGACCACUGCUUCACCAUUGACGACCACACUGGGAUCAUCACCGUCAUCAAGAAACUGGAUAGGGAGAAGGUCGCGCAGUACCAGUUGACGGUGGGCGGCAUGGACUUGGGCAGCCCCAGCAACACUGCCAUCACCCAGGUCACUAUCCAGGUGGGCGACAUCAAUGACAACGCCCCCAAGUUCACGCAAGACAACUACACCGUAAUCGUUCAGGAGAACCGACCUGUGGGCUACUCAGUGAUACGCCUCAUGGCCACCGAUGCCGACGCUGACCCCAGUGGCGCCCCCUUCACAUGGGAGGUGAUCAACCAGCCUGUGGAAAACCGUGCCUUCACCCUGGACCAGGAUGGAUCGCUGAGGCUGGCCACCAAUAAACUCAACCACAAGGUCCAGAAUGAGUACGUGGUGGAGGUGCGAGUGUGGGAUAGCGGCUCACCGCCUCUCCACGCCAACACCCAAGUCACCGUCAGCGUGGUGGAGGAGUCCCGCUUCCCGCCAACACUCUUCCCGCUCAAAACCAUGGUCGUCAGUUUCCGCAGUGCCUUUCCCGGGGGCAUCAUCGGGCGGGUCACUGCGCUGGACCAGGACCCCUACGACACCCUGCAGUACUCUGUGGCACCCUACCCAGAGGAAGCCAGCUCCAUCAAGUACUUCGACAUUGACAGCGAGGACGGCACCCUGGUUGCACUGACGCCGCUCGAUGCCGGGAAUUACAGCGUCACCGUCAGUGUGUCGGACGGGAGGUACCAUCGCACCGUGCAGGCUUCCGUCGAGGUCUCCGUGGUCACUGAGGAAAUGGUUGAAAAUUCCGUCAUCAUCCGCCUGGGUCCUCUCUCCUCGGAUGAAUUUCUCUCCAGGUAUCAGAAAUAUUUCCUCAAAGCUAUUGCCAUGGAGCUGUCGGUGCAGGAGCAUUCUGUGGUCCUGGUCAGCCUGCAGCCAGCCCUCGUGCACUCACACUCUUUGGAAAAAAUAGAUUACAUUCCGCAGCGUUCCAAGAGAGACAUACAAAGGAGUCUUGACAUUCUGAUCGUUGUGAGACUCUUUGAAGUCUACAUGACGAGAGAACAUCUGCUGCUGAAGCUGAAAGAAAAGCAAGUUGACAUAAAAGAGAGGCUUGGCUUGCCCUUCGUGGACAUCAUGGAGUCCCUGUGUGUGUCUGGCUCAGAGUGUGGCGGCCACGGGAACUGUGUGGACGUGGUGGCCAUCAACGAGGACGUGGCCGUGCCCUUCAACACACAGCUGUCCAGUCUGGUUGCUCCAAGGUUCACGCAGGAAGUUGGCUGUGUGUGUGACCAAGGGUAUGGAGGCCAGGACUGCGCCACUUUGGUCAAUGCCUGUGGGCACCGACCCUGUGCCGAGUAUGAGGAGUGUGCGCCCGCCAACACCAGCAGCCGAGGCUACACGUGCCAGUGCCCCGCCGGCAGAGCGGGACCUUCGUGCCGAGUGGACCUGACAAAGUGCCGCAGCCCUGAGUGCCACUACCCACUGAGGCCUCUCUCCUUCAGGGGAAAGAGCUAUGCCCAGUACAGCAUGGCUCAGCAAAGUGAGAGCAGCUCGCUGAUGCUGAGUGCCUUCAUGCGCACCAGACACCCGGUGGGAACGCUGGUCUUUGCUGCCGGGGACGUGGACUACAGCGUGCUGGAGGUGGCCGGCGGACACGUGCAGUACCGCUGGGACUGUGGCAGCGGGGAGGGGCUGGUCAGGGUGUCCACGGUGAGGGUCGACAAUGACAAGUGGCACUUCAUCAACCUGACCAGAGACGGCACCAUAUCGACGCUGAGCGUGGACGGCGAGGGGAGUUCAGGAGCGGCGCCGGGUGCUAAUGACAUUCUCAACAUGGAUUCAAACUUCAUGUAUCUCGGUGCUACCCUCAGCAGUGAACCAGACUCAGGCAUGUCUUCCUAUUCCCAGAGCAGCCUGGGGUUUGUGGGUUGUCUCGAUCAGAUCAUUAUUGACGGCACCGAGCUUCCCGUGGCAAUAACGGGGACGACGGCCUCCGGGGGCACGGUGCUCACGCGCCUGGCCAACGUGGAGCUCCAGUGUCCAGGCGUGCUGCCCCUGGCCGGCGUGUGUGGCUCCUACCCUUGCCAGAACGCUGGGACGUGCAUAGAAAAUGAAGGUUCUUAUAAGUGCAAUUGCCCUCCACGCUUUACCGGAGCACAGUGCCAGGUGGACACGGCUCCCUGCUCCUCCUCACCCUGUCUGAAUGGAGGCAAAUGUAUUGUUGUUGGCCACACCUAUAAGUGUCAAUGUCCUGCAAAACUGAGUGGAAAGCGUUGUGAAUAUGGCGUUUUCUGCAACCCAAACCCGUGCCAGAAUGGCGGUCGCUGUGAGGAGGGUGCCGACGGACCUAUAUGCAAGUGCCAACACUUUACCGGUGCAAUGUGCCAGCUGGACAUUGACGAGUGCACCCGCAACCCUUGCCAGAGCGGGGGAACCUGCCUCAACUUCUUUGGUGGGUUCAAGUGCAUAUGUUCCUCCAAUGUUACCGGUGAAUACUGCACCGAGGCCGUUAGGAAGCCUGAAGAGCCGUCCUCCUCCCUGAACAUCACCCUGGAGGAGCUGCUGUGCAUCCUGGCUGUGUUCCUGGGGUGCGUGAUGGCUGUGCUGCUGCUGGGGGCGUGGCAGCGGCGGCGGUGGAGACACAAGCGUCACCAGCAGAACAACCGCGUCAAGCUCACGGACCACCACGUGAAGAACGACCUCAAGGCGAAUGACGCUCCAAAGAGAAACUCCAAAAUCUGCAACGUGGAGGCGGACCAGACUUUUGAGUUGUUUUCUUUUUGUUGCUUUGGUGCCACACAGCAGGGGCCGCCGCUGCCCCCCCGCCCGGCCUCCUACACCCCCAGCGGCAACGACUCCGCCAUUCUCAACACCCUCAAGCACCUGGCGGAUCUCUCUGCCGCGGGCCACGAGAGCCUUGAGCUGGAGACACUCUCGCGAUGCUCCCACGAGUUCCUCCACAGCCUUAACAAGCCCGUGGUGAUGCCGCCCAACCUCUCCCCUCCGCCGCCCUCCAACAGUGACUCCGACUCUCUCCACAAGCCCUGGGACCACCACAACAACCUCAACGACUCGUACUUCAUGCCAAUCAAAGACGUGGGCUGUGACCUGGUGACCAACCUCGGCGAGACCCACACCUCCUCGCCCCGCCAGUCCCCCUUCUCGGACGAUUCUUCAGUGAGGGGCCAGGCGUCAGGGCCCCCCACUGUGCCCCCUCUCCCCAGCCCCCACCUCCUGGGUCGCCGGUUCCCAGCACAUUUAGACCACCCUCCGGAGGCCAUCACAGCUGAUAGUGACCACACCGGAAGACUGUUGCAUGGCCCUCAGAGCCAGGCCUCUGCCUUGCGUGGGCCCUACAGAAGGGUUCCCUGUGGCCCAGGAGUCUCUAAGGCCCUGAGAGAGGGACAUCCACCGGGCCGGCAGAAGAAGAAAGGCUACCACUGGGAUGAAUAUGACAUGCGCGGCCCUCACAUGCUGGUGGGCGAGGGGGCCACGGCCGCCCCCCCAGACCUGCUGAUGCUGAGCCAGGGCACCUCCCUCAUCCACGGAGACGACCCCAUGGAAGGAACACCGCUGUUGCCAUGCUCUGCUGCCACACCCCUGCUGAGUGUGGACGCCCGGGGCGGUCCAGACGGCCAGGACACGCCAGACGGUGAUGAGGACAAUGAUGAUGAUGAGGAGGAGGAUCCCUGCAGCUUUGAGGAAAUACUUCUGGCAAAUAAUAUAUCUGUUGACUCUUGCCAAGACCUGACUCUUGACCAUUCGUCUAAAUACAACAUUGUCUCGGACCUUGAGGACGACUGCCCAGAGUCAGCCCUGAAGAUAUCCAACGUGCCUUCCAUCAUCGAGGACGCCAACAGGCUGGGCAGCCCCAGGAGCCGCCGCCCCUUCCACCGCAGAGACUACAGCCGCGUGUCAGACCUGUCCUUCCUCUCCGCCCUGGAAGAGGAAGGCGUUGACGACUCAAUGUCUGAACUCCAGGAUUCUGACUAUGAGCCGCUGGAUAGAGUCAGUGAGCCCCUGACGCCCACACUGGUGCAGACCUCCCUCUCAGAAGUGUUUCUAUAGUCUUGUGAGGUGACCACGGCUGCUGCUGCUGCUGGACAAGGAACCCAAAACUUUUUACCCACAAACUCCCAGCACUUUAUUUAACAUUAAAUUAAAUUUGUGGGAAAGAUAAAUAUGAAAUAUAUGAUCGGUAGGUAGAUAGAUAGGUGGACAGAUAGAUAGAUUGGCAGCUAGAUGGAUGAAUAGAUAGGCAGAUGUACUGAGAGAAAGAAGAAAUUGUUAAAUAUACAUUUAUACAGAUAUAUACACUGUUCAGGUUUCAUACAAACUUGCAUUCCUGGAAAGAUAAUAAUUUAGCUCAAACUAAAUUCAUUAUUCCACAAAGGAAAAAUGAUGUAGGUGUAUGCAGUUACUUUCUGCUGCUGCUUGGAAACCUGGAAUGACAGACAACACUUCUCUCAAGUGUCUAAAACAUCACAAACAGUGUGUUGUAAAAUGUGUUACACCAUUUUUGGAUACUUUGUAUGUUUUCAUAGAGUCUGAAAAUGCAAGUCCACCUAUGACCAUUAUUCCUCAUGGGAACUUUAAGUUAAUGGAGUUCACAGUCUGCAACCUUUCCAUGAAUGCAAAUCCACACGAGUCACUAACAGGACAUACAAAGAGCAGGUUUUGGUACAUUACUGGUACAGUCACCUCUCGAGCAACGUGAGUUUAAAUAACGCGUUUUUGAUUUAACAUGAGUUGAUAUUUAAGGAGAUACGUUUAACUAACGUGACGUGUUCGAUUGAACACGAGUUUCAUCGAUGACGUCAUCGAGCGUGACGUCAUCGAUGAAACAUUAUUAAUACAUUGGUGGGAAACAACAAAAACACACGCUCCCACGCUACUCAAAUUUGCUCCUCACCCGCGCCCCCGCCACCAGCCGCUCCCCUCACCUCCACCACCCCACCUCGCCUGCCUCCCUCUUCUUCCUCUGACCGCCCAUGCUGUCGGUGACAAGGAUGACUCCUUUGAGUUGGAGUUUUCUAAAGAAAGAAUUGCUGCACUGCACUUGCAAGUCGCUGACACAACAAAGACGUGUCCCCGCACUCACCAUCGCUGCCCUGUUGAUGCAUCGCCGAAGAAGAAGAGGAAGAGGAGGGAGGCAGGCGAGGCAGGGUGGCGGAGGUGAGGGGAGCGGCCAGUGGAGGGGGCGCGGAGGGGCGGUGGCCGGCGUGAGUGAAGAACAAAUUUACACAAAAUGAGAACGCGCGCCCUUGCUGUUUCCGUGACCCACUAAUGCAUUAAUAAUGUUUUUCUUUUAAGGUUAGAGUAACAAAAUCCCCAAAAUAGGCAGACUUUCCCAGUGUCCAGGAAGGUAACCCCCCUAUUACCAUUGUUUCCUAUGGGGAAAUUAUGUUUAAAUAACGCGACAUCUCCAUAAACAUAACCCGCGCAUUAAUCGAGAGGUGGCUGUACUGCAUUUUUAUUUAAUGCAACAACAAUUUUUUUUUUCUACUUAUCUACUCCUUUCCUACGAGACCAAUAACUCAGCUCACAGCUUAACCACCAGCCAGUCCCACCCUGCAUUGACUCCCCACGCAGGACAGUGACCUCUCCUGACAGUGUGACACUCAAGACUCACUGAGGAGCCUCCCAGCAGGAGUGGCUCAGAGGCAGGUCAUUGCUGUGGGGCCUUGAGGACUGCUGGCAGCCUCUACACAUGAAAACUGAUAUUUGAUAUUCAAUAUGAAAAAGUGAAAGCUAGAGAGUUCAUAUUUCUUUAUUGGGAUAAAUAAAUGAAUAACUAACUAAUCUUUAUAUAUAUGGGAGCAUCUUUUCAUAACUCCUGAAACUGUCGAGUUAUCCAAUACAAAAUGUGCCGCCUACAAGUGACUCCCAUGUGAACGCACAAAAGUUGAACUCUUCCUGUGAUGGCACAGUCUGCCGGAGUGAGUGUGGGUUGAAAAGUCUUGUUAGCAUGAAGAGUGUAGCGUGCAGAGACAAGCAACAAGAUGCACUGUGUCCGACAAACUCUUUGGCUGAUAACUGACGACCUUUUGACCGAGUGUUACGUAGUUUUGAGUUUUUUUAGUGCAUUUCUUUAUUGUUACGUGUGUCAUUUUCCCAAAACAUGAAGUCAUGGCAUGCAUUCAAGGACCUGAGUGAUGUGCAGGAAACAGCCACACGUGUGAAGCCAGAAAGACGGGACUGAAGAUACAAGAGUCGUUUCUCUUGACACGGUUUUGUUUCUUGUGGACUAGUCAUUAUUGAUACAGAGUAGAACAAGUGCCUAUGCAAGAGACCAUUAUAUAUUGUGUAAGGUAAUUCAUGUUGAGAUGGACCAGUGAGAUAAUCCUGGAGCAUCAGCGGCAUGGCAUGAAGGGAUCCAUCCCCCAGAGGCAUUGCUGGGAGCUGGUGCCUCCAGCACUGUGCCGCCACCAGCCACUCACUGCUUCAUCCGGACGUGCUGCACCAUAACAACAUAGUCAACAAAAUAAUUACCUAUUUGUACUAUAUUUUUCUUUUAAUAUAUAAAUAAGUACCGUGUGUAUAUAUAUAUAUAUAUAUAUAUAUAUAUAUAUAUAUAUAUAUAUAUAUAUAUAUAUAUAUAUAUAUAUAUAUAUAUAUAUAUAUAUAUAUAUAUAUAUAUAUAUAUUUGUGCAUGCAUGUGUGUAUGUGUGCGUGUGUGUGUGUGUGUGUGUGUGUGUUUAAUAACUACCUAGGUAGCUACAUAUAUAUAUAUAUAUAUAUAUAUAUAUAUAUAUAUAUAUAUAUAUAUAUAUAUAUAUAUAUAUAUAUAUAUAUAUAUAUAUGUACGUACAUAUGUAUUGUAAACCCAGGAUAUAACGGACCCACUUAUAACGGCUUUUGGAUAUGACGGACAAGGUCAGAAAUGCCCAGGGACCAACCGAGAAUGUUUUUUGAAGGAGCUGCGGCCAGUAAGUACAGCAGCGUCUGCUGGCCACCUCGCCUCCUCCCAUUGCCUGCUGCCGCAUCCUUUGGUUGCUGUUGUAGUCUUUCUCAGCCCACCAGAUGAAAGAAUUUCUUCCUUGUGGUUCCAAUUCAAAUGAAGAACGUGUUUUCACCACAAGAAAGUCUUGUGCAUCAAUCCAGGACGUAAAUGUAAUGGAAAAUAGCCAAGUGUUUGUGAGUGUCGGUACUGACACAGCUUAAAGGGUUGCC